ACAUCUUGGUUCUGGAUAAUGUGUCAUCUGAUGAUGACAAGAAGGAUCUGGAUCACAUGCAUGAAUUUUCUGAUACCUCUAAUGUGUCUUCACAUUCCCAAAGUGAUUCAGAUGUGAUCCAAAGUUUAACUUUUGAAGCCCAGGUCUUGCAUGGUUUGAAAGGACACAAAAGUCCAUUCAAGGCACUCAUUGCUGCAGAGUACAAUGGUGUGCAAGUCAAAUUGGUCAAUAAUUUUAAGUUGGGUGUCACAAAUAAGAGCCCUAAGUUUCUCAAAUUGAACCCAAUUGGGAAGGUUCCUGUGUUGGAGACUCCUGAUGGUCUUGUAUUUGAGAGCAAUGCCAUAGCACGUUAUGUUGCCCGCUCCAAUGCUGGCAAUUCUCUCCAUGGUUCUUCUCUGAUUGAUUAUGUAAGACACUUCUGUUAGUUUUGCACUGUGACUCUAAUCUUUAUUUUCUUUCCCUCAACCUUGAAUGACUGUUAUGGUUAUCCAUCUGCUUGUUUCAUUAGGCCCAUGUUGGUAGUGGAUUGAUUUUUCUACUCUGGAGAUUGAUGCUAAUAUCUUCAUUUGGUUUGAACUGAGAAUGGGAAGUGGUGUAUACCUUCCACCAGUGAGUAUUCUCCGUAA